GUACUCCUUUUAGUACAUUUUUAAGGAACAAAAACUGUGUUUAUUCAUUAAUUAAGACGGAGGGAGCCAAGUAGCUUGAGGCAUUAGAAUAAGGACUAACAGAAUCACGAUACGAUAUUUAGUGAGUCAAAUAAAGUGUAGUCAUGGGUGGCUGGCAAAUAUUAUUAACUUAGUAUUUAGAAAUUAAAUUCAAGUUGAUAGUGUAAAUGGAACCGGGGGUUAUGAUUACGCUACGAAUACGUAUGUUAUGAACAAGUAAAGAUGGCGGUCGGUGAGUCAGUUGAUCCAUCUACCGGGUGACAACUGAGCGGUUCAAAGAUAUGUUGUAUUACAAGUAACGAACAAUUACAAGUGAAGUUGAUUGCAAUGUAGAGUAAAUCUCAAGUGGUACAAAGUGAUGAGUGUUACAAGUAAUGUGCUCGUUACAAUGAGAUGAAUAUGACAAGUGAGUGGGAGACCCUCCUAUUUAUACUAAACAUGUUGGUCCAAGCAUUUAAUGCUCUGUUGCAAGUGGGUCGACGUGGCGCGUUCUUGUUGGCUUAGUCAGACGGUCACCUCGCAAUUAAAUGUAGGUUGACUGUCCGAGGUAAUAGGCUCAUUGAUAGCAUAAAUGGAACCGAGGGUUACGAUUACACUACGAAUACGUAUGUUUGUGAACAAGUAAGAAAGAGCGCUAGUAGGUGGUGUAGAUUGCAAUGUAGAGUGGAUUAUAAGCAAAGUGAUGUUACAGAGUGACGAUUACCCGUAGUAAGUAGUCGUUAUAAUGAGAUGAAGAUGAGAAGUGAGGGUAAGACCUUUCUAUUUAUACUAACUAAGUCAGUCUACGCCUUUAAUGCACAUGGCAGAAGCUCGGCUUCCUCUCCCGACUUACGAGUCAUCGAGUCAUACUGUUUCGGGUGGUGGGUCGGUCAGUCGGUCGAAAUAUCACGACUUGUUUUCUUUUAAUUUCUAACUCUUUUGUUUGUUCUGUUGCUUAUUGUGCAGGUCAAUCAAUAAUGGGUUUUGACGACAAUCUUGAGGACCUGAUAGACUCAGUCGAAAAUGCUUCGUCUAGGGGCCAAGCUACAAAGAGUCUAAAGGUUGGUCUGAAGAGGAAGUCGACUACCACUUUCGCGGAUCAGCACACUGUCGGCCAGCCACCUACCGAAUCCCCUGCAUCUGGUUCCUUCGUUGCUCCGAGUCAGACCAAGUCGACAGAAAAGCAUCGCAUGGAGGUGGUUGAGGUCGAGGUGUCUAAGGAUGCGCAUGCGAUUGACCCUAAGAGAGCUCGGGUGGCUGGGGAGGAGCCCCGACUUGCCGAUGCACUUUCCCGCGGUACGGUUAACCUGUCGGAGAUUUUUAAUUUGAUGUUCCAGUUGAGUCCUCCCUCCGCGAGCCUUGUUAAUGGGACGACCGACUUCGUGGGGGUGCAGGUUGCCCAUCACUUGUCCCAGGUUGCACACGGGAGCGCUGAGUUGUUUGUUCGGUCUCGACUUGACGCCAUGGAGCGUGAGGAAGAGUUGAGAAGACUUAAGGAAAGAGUGAGGGAUCUAGAGGCUUAGGUGGGCUCCUUGAAUCAAUAUCCCGGCUCCGACCAAUUUUUUGAGGAUGCUGCCGUGCUUUACCCUUCCCGACUGGCCAAAGUACCCGGUCUGGUCAAGUCAUUAUGCUCAUCCGAGGACGCUAUUAUCCCCUUGCUUCAGACGUUGCGCAGGGAUCCCGUAGGUCUGAAGAUGCUACGUCGAGUGACCGCUUGGGGUUACCACCAGGGGAAACAUGCCAUGCAGGAGUUUUUGUAUCAGACUCUCGAAGAUGCUCUUCCGGAGGAUUGGGAGCAAGUCCGCGCUAUUCUACCUGCAUAAAUAGCGCCACCUGCUCCAGAGCCUUUUAGUGAUCCCCCUGUAGAUUCGAUCGAACCAUCUACUGUUGCUUCUAGGAAUUAAGACUCUUGAUAUGAUGUUAUGCAUUCCUUAGUUGUUUUCGUCUCUUUUGGACUUUAACUUCUAGUACUCGGAA